GCAGGCCUCUGGACUGGAAUUCUCCGUGGCUUUCUAAGUGGAGAGUGUCUGGUGUGUGCUGUCCGGGCCUGCGGUUUGCAUCAUGCCGGCCUUGUCAACAGGAGCUGGGAGCGACGCAGGUCUGUAUGAGCUGUUGGCUGCUCUGCCAGCCCAGCUGCAGCCACAUGUGGAUAGCCAGGAAGACCUGACCUUCCUCUGGGAUAUGUUUGGUGAAAAAAGCCUGCAUUCACUGGUAAAGAUUCACGAAAAACUCCACUACUACGAGAAGCAGAACCCCGUGCCCAUCCUCCACGGCGCAGCGGUCUUGGCCGAUGACCUAGCUGAAGAGCUUCAGAACAAGCCAUUAAACAGUGAGAUCAGAGAGCUGUUGAAACUACUGUCAAAACCCAAUGUGAAGGCUUUGCUCUCUGUACAUGAUACUGUGGCUCAGAAGAAUUACGAUCCUGUAUUACCGCCGAUGCCGGAUGAUAUCGAUGAUGAAGAAGACUCAGUAAAAAUCAUUCGUCUGGUCAAAAAUAGAGAACCCCUGGGAGCUACCAUUAAGAAAGACGAGCAGACUGGAGCCAUCGUUGUGGCUAGAAUCAUGAGAGGAGGUGCUGCGGAUAGAAGUGGUCUUAUACAUGUUGGUGAUGAACUUAGGGAAGUGAAUGGGAUUCCAGUCGAGGAUAAAAGGCCUGAGGAAAUAAUUCAGAUUUUGGCUCAGUCUCAGGGAGCAAUUACCUUUAAGAUUAUACCCAGCAUCAAAGAGGAGACUCCAUCUAAAGAAGGCAAGAUGUUUAUCAAAGCCCUCUUUGACUAUGACCCUAGUGAGGAUAAAGCAAUUCCAUGUAAGGAAGCUGGGCUUUCUUUCAAAAAGGGAGAUAUUCUUCAGAUUAUGAGCCAAGAUGAUGUUACGUGGUGGCAGGCAAAGCACGCGGAUGAUGCCAAUCCCAGGGCGGGCUUGAUUCCCUCAAAGCAUUUCCAGGAAAGGAGAUUGGCUCUGAGACGACCAGAAAUACUAGUUCAGCCCUUGAAAGUUUCCAACAGGAAAUCAUCUGGUUUUAGGAGAAGUUUUCGUCUUAGUAGGAAAGAUAAGAAAACAAAUAAGUCCAUGUAUGAAUGCAAGAAGAGUGACCAAUAUGACACCGCUGAUGUGCCCACAUAUGAGGAAGUGACACCGUAUCGGCGGCAAACGAAUGAAAAAUACCGGCUUGUAGUCCUGGUUGGUCCCGUGGGAGUAGGUCUGAAUGAACUGAAACGAAAGCUGCUCAUCAGCGACACCCAGCACUACGGAGUGACAGUGCCCCACACAACCAGAGCAAGAAGAAGCCAGGAGAGCGAUGGUGUGGAAUAUAUUUUCAUUUCCAAGCAUUUGUUUGAGACAGAUGUACAAAAUAACAAGUUUAUUGAAUACGGUGAAUAUAAAAACAACUACUAUGGCACAAGUAUAGACUCCGUGCGGUCUGUCCUUGCUAAAAACAAAGUUUGUUUGUUGGAUGUUCAGCCUCACACAGUGAAGCAUUUAAGGACCCUAGAAUUUAAGCCCUACGUGAUAUUUAUAAAGCCUCCAUCAAUAGAGCGCUUGAGGGAGACAAGAAAAAAUGCAAAGAUUAUUUCAAGCAGAGAUGACCAAGGUGCUGCAAAGCCUUUCACAGAAGAAGACUUUCAGGAAAUGAUUAAAUCUGCACAGAUAAUGGAAAAUCAGUAUGGUCAUCUUUUUGACAAAAUCAUAGUAAAUGAUGACCUCACCGUGGCAUUCAAUGAGCUGAAAACAACUUUUGACAAAUUAGAGACAGAGGCCCACUGGGUUCCAGUGAGCUGGUUACAUUCGUAACUAAGGGAAACUCCCACGAUCAGCGUUUUGUAGAGUGCAUGAUGAAAUCAGUUACUGUCCUGGUGGCAGGGUUUGUUAGUCUAUGUCACUGCUGUAGACAUGCAGUCUUGCUUAAAACUGAAUGUUGGUUUUGUUUGUAUCUUUCUCCAGCCUUACUUCAAGCACAGUAUUUGAAUAGAAGAUCCAGAAUCAAAAUUUGCAUAGUACCAUCUUUUGGGCAGAGCUUUUGAACCUUUUGGUUGUCUUUAACAUACAGCUGUAUCUCCAAGAGGAGGCUGGACUUUUCAGGGAGAAACAGCCAGGGAAUUGAUACUGGAGUUGUGCUUCGUUGGGUCUCAGAUGUGGUCCCUCCAUCAAGUCUGCACGCUCACAGCUGAAGGUAUGACCUUCACAGCCGUGAGCAGCUCCAGGCAAACAGGACAGCUUUGCCCUUCUUCGGAUGGGUCACUAGGCUCACCUGGGCUGACAGUAAGGCAUCCUCUUACUAUUCUAAAAGCGCAACCUUUUUCUUACAUAUCUACAAUAUAGUCAGUGUAUUUAAGGAAUUAUGACACAUUUGCCUUAGUGAGUGGCCUGCAUGUCAUAGCUUGAGAAGGCCUCUUAGGACUAUGGAUCGGUGUCUCAAAUAUUUAAUGAGGGAAGGUAAAACUUUAAAAUGAUUAUAUUUGUCACUAAAAGCCCUUCCUUAAUGGGAUUAGUCUUUGUAAGUAAGGUUGGUAUUCUCUUGGGGCAAGUCAUGGAUUACAAAGGACAUUUUUAUUUGUAAAUCAUCAGACAGGAUUUCUGCAGUCACCAUCCAAUAAAUCAUAAGAAUGUGAUUCCUAUUCCAAAAGUAGGUGUUUUACCUGUUACCAACACAGUUAAAAUGUGAUCAAUUUUCACAUGUGCAAUUGAUUUUAAAUUG